UCUAAGAAAGAGGGAUUGAAAUCUCGAGUUUCUAACUCACCCAAAUAUCGCAAAUCAAAGCAGACCUCUUCAGAAGAAAUUCGUGAAAUUGUUAUGGAUAUAUUAAAAGAACUAUUACCUCCAUAUUUGUUACAAAGUCUUAAACCCAAUUUCA